UAUAGUUUGUACGGAAAGUGACUUUCUUUGAACCAUUCCUGCAUUGCAUCUCCCACAGUAUUAAAGUCCACGGACAACAUUCAUAUAGUUCCCUGAAACCACAGCACUACAAAUCUCUCUUAAUUUCCUCUCUGAUCAAAUUUAAGAGAGAGAGAUGGAUUCUGAUGCAAGGCCACAGCGAGUAACAGGGGUAGUUAUAAUAACUCUUCCACCAUCUGACAACCCUUCUUUAGGCAAAACAAUCACAGCUUUUACUCUUACUGAUGAUGUUUUCCCUCAUUCCCACCAAACCCAACAACGAGAACCAGAACAAGAACAGAAUUUGCCAACAACCCAAGUUCUAACAUCACCUCCACCUUCACCACAAAACCCUCAACUUGGAUUCUCAUUCUCAAGACUCUUUUUUGAUAACCCGAGAAAGCUAUUAGGCUUUCUGGGUAUCUCUCUUUUAGCUCUUCUUUUUUACAGUUUUUCUUUCUCCAAUACUUUUUUAGAAUUAAAGAAUUCCAACAAUGAUGAUGAAAAGCCACAGUCUUUUAUCUUCCCUUUGUAUCAUAAACUGGGGGCUGAUUCGGAGCUCAAGUUGGGGAGAUUUGUGGAUGCUGACAAGGAGAACUUGGUGGCUUCAAUUGAUAGUGGUGCAAUAGGAACUCAAAAGAUCAACAAAUUGGUUGCUGUUAAUGCUGCUGUAAUUGAUUCAUCUGGUACUAUUUUGCCUGUUAGGGGGAAUGUUUAUCCAGAUGGAUCGUACUUCACAUACAUGCUUGUUGGGAAUCCUCGAAGACCUUAUUUUCUUGAUAUUGAUACUGGGAGUGACUUAACGUGGAUACAAUGUGAUGCUCCUUGCAGCAGUUGUGCCAAGGGAGCAAAUCCUCUUUACAAACCAACAAGAGUCAAUAUCGUAGGGUCAAAGGACUCAAUGUGCACAGAGGUACAGAAGAAUCAGAAGCCUCAAAAUUGUGAAACAUGCCAACAGUGUGACUAUGAGAUUGAAUAUGCUGAUCUUAGCUCCUCCCUGGGGGUUCUUGCAAGAGAUAAACUUCACCUAGUGACUGCAAAUGGAUCAAUUACCAACUUAGAUGUUGUUUUUGGGUGUGCAUAUGAUCAGCAAGGCAUGCUUUUGAACACUCUGUCAAAGACAGAUGGAAUUCUUGGACUAAGCAGGGCUAAGGUUAGCUUGCCUUCUCAAUUGGCAAGUAAGGGAAUUAUUAACAAUGUGGUCGGUCAUUGCCUUGCUACAGAUGUUGGUGCUGGUGGAUAUAUGUUCUUAGGUGAUGAUUUUGUACCAAACUGGGGCAUGUCAUGGGUCCCUAUGCUUGGAAGCCCUUCAAUAGAAUUUUACCAAACACAACUUGUGAAAAUCGAUUAUGGAAGUAGCUCUCUUAGUUUAGGCGAACAAGACAGCAACACUGGAGGAGUUGUGUUUGACAGUGGCAGUUCUUAUACAUACUUCACAAAAGAAGCAUAUGACGAAUUGGUCGCUUCUCUUAGUGAGGUUUCUGAGCUCGGAUUUAUCCAAGAUGCAUCAGAUCCAACACUUCCAAUUUGCUGGCAAACUCCAUUCCCGAUCAGAUCUAUCAUGGAUAUCAAGCAAUUCUUCAAAGCUUUAACCCUUCAUUUUGGGAGCAAAUGGUGGAUUAUAUCCAAGAGGUUUCAUAUUCCUCCAGAAGGGUACUUGAUCCUUAGUAAUAAAGGUAAUAUCUGCUUAGGCAUCCUGGAUGGAAGCAAUGUACAUGAUGGAUCCACAUUUAUACUUGGAGACAUUUCGCUGCGGGGGCAACUGGUUGUGUAUGACAAUGCGAAAAUGAAGAUUGGUUGGACACAAUCAGAUUGUGCCAAGCCAAGAAGAUUCAACAGCCCCCCCGCUUUCUUUGAAGGAUAGUUGCCUUCAGUUGUGCAUUAUAGUAGGACACAAUUAUAAGUAAAUCGGUGUGUAUUUGUAAAUUUAUCUCACUUAAUGCUGUAUGGGCACAUUCACUUUCUGCAGUCACUUCUUCUGGACCAAAAGGUGCACAUCUGCAUUUUAUUUUAUUUUAUUUAUUAUCUUUUUUCUUUUUUUGGUAACAUGCGAGGGGGAACUGGGACUUGGAGUUUGAGUCUUAAUGAGGAGGUUGAUAAGCAGUAAGCCAUGAUGGACUUGUUGCACAUUUUCAUUUGUCUUAGCCCCAAAAUAGAAAAUGCAAUCCUCAAAACCACUGAACAGUCAGCAAAUCACCUUGAUAUAAAUCACAAUUUUGUUGAUUUAUUUUUGGAAAAUGCCAGGGAAUUUUUUAUCAACUCAUACAUUUUUUUUUAGUACAGAGGGUAGGGGUUGGGGGGAGGCUUGAAACCGAGACCUUAAUGUACCUUCUAGCACUACGUGGCCAAUAGGUCAGGAGGCAGGGACUCAUCAACUUAGACACUUAAGCAACAGUAAAAAGUUGGUUUUUAUUAUUAUUAUUAUUAUUUUUUUAUAGUAUGACCAAGAAAUCAUCACAUAGGACUCAAUCGUAAGAUCUGCAAAUUAAAAUGUGAAGGGCAUUAAUAUCACAAAAACCUUGAUCGUUAUUAUGGUGUUGCCUUUUUGGACAUUGUACAGAAACAUUUGAUAACGGGAAAAACACAACCCCAUUCAACAUCGAUCGAAACAAUUGUAAGAGAAAGGAAUGCCAGCGGCACGCUUUUGGACGCUUGAACUGUUAUAAUAAAACCACGUCCUAAUCACGUUUUGGGUUUGGAACCGGCAACUCCAUAUAGUAGUAGGUUACUGAUUUCUCAAGUGUGUUGGGCUUUUUCUUAGAUAAAAGAAAAUAAUAAAAUAAAAGGUAAAACAUACUUAACAAAUCUUUCCUAUCAAGAGUCUU